AUGUCGUCCACUCCAAAUCAAGACCUACUCAAGGAUCUCCCCCUACACAUCCUCAAGCAGAAAGCAGCAGUAGAAAAUCAACCGAACGUCUCACUGACAGAUUGGAUCAAACAAGCUGCUCAGACCUAUGCAGCUGCCACCGAUGCCGACUCAUCAAAUCAAACAGAAUCGGCUUACUAUCAUUACUUCAAAGCUGCUGGCAUUCUCCAGCUCAUCCUCAAGCAUCCUGGAUUUCCAACAUUGAAAUCACAACACCCUGCCGAAUAUCGAGUCUAUCUCGAGUUUACGCCCAAGAUCCUAGCCUCUACCGAACGGGCCAAGACCCUAGCCGAAAUCAUACAAAACCCACCCGAAAGCUCUCCUCCAAUCCCUUCCUCAUCCAAAAUAACCACUGCUCGCCGACCGAUUGCCGGUGGAAUAUCAGACCGCAUCAAGCUCUUCGAAUCUUCUAAAUCAUCCGAAAGACCACCCCCCUCCUCUCCAAUCAUCCGAGAUCAAUCCAAAAUCCAACAUUCAUCCCCAACUUCAUCACCCAAAGUGGAUGGCCGAAGGCAAUCCGGUAUCCCACAACCAAACGGACUCCCUGAUCCUACCCCUCAGCCGAGUUUCGUUUCCACUGCUCUAGAGGCCGAGUCUACCAUCCGCUCCGGAUCUGCACCACCCGAAUUAACCAUUGAAAACCCUUCCUCCGGCGCAAGCGACAAACCUAAGCUCAAGCAUACCAUCGGUAACGGUUUGCCUCACACAAAUGGCGAUUCCCCUUCACAUCAUCAGAGGCAAUCAAAUCUACACCACGAACAAAUUCGCACACCUUCUCAAUUCAAUCAAGCUUUUCCCGCCCUAGAAGACCCUCCAUCGAAUGAACUUACCCAGUCGGAAGACCCACUGCCUUCACAUCCACUCCCCUCUCUGCCUAGUGUCCCUUCAACGCUCCCAGUUAAAUCAUUUUCUCCUCUCCCCCCUCCACCCCAGCCGUUUCAAGUCCCAUCCUCCGAUCCUGAUCUCGACUCUCAACCUACAACAUAUUCAGUCUCGGACCCCUUGGUAAACGACAUCACACUUGGGGCUGGCAUCACAAAGCACAGCCUUCCCAACAGGAAUUCCUCACCCGUUGGGGCUCCACCACCUUAUCCCAAUUUCGAAAUCGAAGCUCUAUCGCGUUCUCCCCCACGUGAAAAGUCGCCCUUCAGUCGGUCUCCUGAUUUGAAGUCUCCUCAUAGUCUUAGAGGGCCCCGCAGUAUUGACUGGACCCUCUCUUCGCCCAAAAACCCCGCAUUGAACUACAGUCCUUUGAAACCAGCACAAUCCUCUGAUACUCUGCCAAGGUUACCGUCCGAUGCAAAUGAAAUCUUGCCUGCUACGUUGAUCGAUUACUUCAGAAGGUCGGCUGCUUGCGGAUUUGACACGAAAGUUUUAUUCUUGGACGUGCGGAAUCGCGAAGAUUUCGAGUCUUGUCGAAUCAAAUCUACUGAUGUGAUUUGCAUCGAACCUCUGAUCCUGUCCAAGAAUGGUGGAAGGGGUGUUAGUUCGAAGGAGAUCGAAGACUCCUUGGUAAUAUCUCCCAAGAAAGAACAAGCAUUAUUUCAAAAUCGUACAAGCUUCGAUUAUGUGAUCAUAUACGAUAAACGUUCCGUCCAACUGCCAGCUCAUCGUUCGAAAAGCGAGUUACUCUACUCAUCAGAUCCAACCGAGGAAGCCGCCAGAUUGCUUUUAUUGUUAUAUCUUGCCAUUCACAAAGAGGAAUAUAUACACCAAUUGAAACAACCGCCGAUGCUACUCAGUGGAGGAAUUGAGGGUUGGAUGAAAGUUGCGGGAGAAGUUGGCGUUGUCGGCCGAGGCAUCUCGGUUGCUCCCCAACAAUCUUAUCAGACUCCAUAUUCCACCGAAAUCACAUCAUCCUUGAAUGGUAUCUCGAUCACUCUGAGGCAGCCAUUGAACGCCGAUGGCGAUGGAAAUCGAAAUGGAAUCGGAAAUGAAAAUCUGAAUGGUCACACUGAUCUUAAGCGAGCUCGUCGCCAGGUUGCAGUAUUCCAGCGGGACGACUCAAAUCUCAAUCAGAACCAUAUCAUUCGGUCGAUUCCAGACCUUACAACACGGCCUAAUGGAAUUCCCUAUCACCCUCCUACAUCAACGAGCAUGCCUACCUUUCAGCCCAGUCGCCCUCCAUCAUAUUCGUCAAGCAGUUAUCGCAAUAAUGGAAUUGCCAGCUCACCCAUCACCCUUCCCCAACAGACCCUUCAAAGACUAAAGUCAACAGAACUAUAUGAUGGAAAUCAUCCAUCUAACGAACCGGUACCAUCUGGGUAUUCAUCAACACCAUCAAAUCAUAUGCCACUCACCCUUUACCAACCUCACUCCCGACCUCCAGUCCCACCACCACCCAUCAACUAUGGUCCUCAACCGCCUCUGCCUCUUGCAUCUCACCCAAUCGACGUUCGCUAUGGUGGAUUUAUGGCCAAUCCAAUCCGCUCAGCGAUUCAAUAUCCACCCCUCCAAUCUCAUCCUCGCCCCCUUCAACCUCCCCCAGCGGCCAUGACUCCCGGCGGAUCAAGUGCCAUGCCCAGCUACUUCAACCGAGCCCCCGCCUAUGCCCCUCAUCCUCCUCAACCCGCGUUACUCGGUAUUGACUCUCGAAACACACCACCCCAUCACCCCCUUUUCGGCGAAUCGACACGGGCCCUAGCGAAGUAUACUUCAACCCUAGUUUCGAGGAUGUGUCUUAGUGCCACCAUCCCACUGGCACGAUUCUUCAAAGAUGGCUCUUAUAAGCGUUGUAUCAAUCGGACGAAUCCACUGGGAACACAGGGCUUGCUGGCCGAAUCUGUCGCCGAGCUAGUGAGGGUACUUUGGGGUGCCCAAUACACGUUUGUCUCUCCGAUUACGUUCAAGGAUGCGAUCUGUCGGUUCGCCCCCAAGUUCCGCGGCUCUGACCAACAAGAUGCGCAAGGAUCACCCAAUAAGCCUCCGCCUCUCGAGAUGACCCCCGAGCGGGAGGCGGCUUUGGAGACCUUGCCCACCCAGAUAGCAUCCGCAAAGGAAUGGGAAAUUUACAAACGGAGAGAUAAUAGCGUGAUUGUUGAGCUCUUCCAAGGCCAGUAUCGGAGCCGAUUGCAGUGCUUGACUUGUAAUACGACUUCGACGACUUAUAACACGUUCAUGUAUCUUUCUCUGCCCAUUCCAAACAAACGCGGGAUCAGUAAAGUCAGUCUCACUCAAUGUCUCGAUGCCUUCUUGAAGGAGGAGAUAAUGGAGAAGGAUGAUGCAUGGAACUGUCCGAAGUGCAAGACGAGAAGGAAAGCGACGAAGCGAUUAUCGCUAGCCAAGCUGCCACCGAUCCUACUAAUCCAUCUGAAACGCUUCUCAUUCAAGGGUCCAUUCUCGGACAAACUGGAGACCUUCGUCCAAUACCCGCUCUACGGCCUCGACCUGUCCAGCUAUGUCCCUCCGCCCCUCUCUCCCGCGGCGCUGUCUAACGAACUCAAACCGGUUUAUGAGGACGUGGCUACUCGGUCAAGCCCUGAAUCCAAUAUUUAUGACCUUUAUGCCGUCUGUAAUCAUUUCGGUAGUCUUAGUAGUGGCCAUUAUACCGCCUUCGCUCGUUCCCAGAAAGAUUGGUAUAAUAUCGGCGAUAGUCGGGUCUCCAAAACAGAUGAGAAAUCCGUCAAGGCCCGGAGUGCGUAUUUGUUGUGUUUCCGAAGAAGAGGAUAA